AUGGCGGCAACGUCGCAUUUUCGCACGCCUUUCAAUGGCUACAGCGUUAAAUUCUCGCCGUUCUUUGCCGAUCGCAUAGCGGUAUCUGCGUCGCAAAACUUUGGCAUCGUCGGGAACGGCCAUCAGUACGUUUUGAGAAGAGAGUUGAACGCGCUCAAUAACAACAACACGAAUAACAACAACAACAAUUUUCCUCACUCUGGACCGGCGACGCUUCCGCUAGUAGAGGAGGCGAGAUUUGAAACCGCAGAUGGGAUAUUCGAUUGCGCGUGGUCGGAAGAAUCGGAGAACGUGUUAGUCUCCGCCUCUGGCGAUGGGUCCGCAAAACUCUGGGACGUAUCUCGCCCACCGUUUCAAAAUCCUUUGCGUUCGUUCAACGAACACGAGGCGGAAAUUUAUACCGUUUCUUGGAACCCGACGAGAAAAGACGUGUUUUUAACCGCGAGUUGGGACGAUACUAUUAAGCUUUGGAAUCCGAGAGAGAAUGCGCACACGCGCGGCUCGUUGAAAACAUUUAGAGAACACACGUAUUGCGUGUACGCCGCGGAGUGGUCGCCGCACCACGCGGACGUUUUCGCCUCUGUUUCCGGUGACUGUACACUAAAAAUUUGGGACUGCAGGAAAAAUCACUCGACGCUAUCCAUACCCGCGCAUGAUUUUGAAGUUUUGUGCGUGGAUUGGAAUAAAUAUAACGAUUGCGUCGUCGCAACGGGAUCGGUCGAUCGAACGGUGAAACUGUGGGACAUUCGAAAUCCAAAGAAGGAACUUUCUGUUUUGAGAGGUCACGGUUACGCCGUGAGACGAGUAAAAAUGGAUCCAUUCGACGAAGAUAUAUGUUACACCGCAAGUUACGAUAUGACUGUAGCAAUGUGGAAUUGGAAAAUUAGCAACACAACUAGCAUUAGUAAUACUUUAGGAUUAGGAGAAGGAGGAGAAAGAGGCGUUCAGCCUUCGCCGCUUUUGCGGCAGUGGCGCCACCACACCGAAUUUGCGGUUGGUUUAGACGUGAGUGUUUUGAAUAGAGGAGAGUUAGCGAGCUGCGGUUGGGAUUCAUCCGUUCAAGUGUUUAGCAAUCACGGACCGGAUCCGCUUCCCAUUCUUUAA